AUGAUAGCUGAAACCACUGAACAAAUCAAGAAAAUCAGAGAUAGGAUGCUUAUUGCUCAGAGCUAUCAGAAGAGUUACACCGAUCAGAGGCGGAAGCCCCUAGAGUUUGAGGAAGGAGACCAUGCUUUCCUUAAGGUUAUUCUGACAACAGGAGUAAGAAGAGUGAUUAAGACAAAGAAACUGAAUCCCCGAUACAUCGGUCCGUUCCAGAUUCUUGGGAGGGUUGGACCGGUGGCCCAUGUGUUACAACCGGAAUCGGUCCAGUUAAAGGAAGAUUUGACUCUGCCGGUGACUUUGGUCAGGAUUGAUGACACGAGUAUUAAGAAGUUGCAUGGAAAAGAGGUUUCAUUAGUGAAAGUGGCAUGGAGUCGAGCUGGUGUUGAGGAGCACACUUGGGAACUUGAGUCAGAGAUGCAAGCAGACUACCCACACUUAUUCUCACGUAACUGA